ACAAACUCGACUCUUACAAUAACAAUCAAUUGCUCUUGCCGACGCAAUUCUACAAGACAUUACUGGCCAAAGCCGUGCUAUCCAGCAAUGACGACAAGACCAACGUCUAUAAAAACAUGUUUUUCGGUAAAGACAGAGAUUUCGAACAGAAAGCCUUCGGUUGGGAUGGCAGCCAAACGGGCGGAAGCCCCUCGGGGCCUCAAUCCGGAGGCGUCGGGGGUCAAGGUGCCCAAGGAUUGGUCCAUUGGAUGAGCGUCAUGGCCGAGCACAUGGACCCAGCGAUGUCCCAUUACAUGCCUUGGAGUCAAGAGCAAUGCGGCCAGCACGGGAAGGACGACUACCCCAAUUGGACGAGGAACACCAUGGGAAUCAACAAACAAGGGUACGAGUCCAAGAUGAACGAGCACAAUCAAAUGCAAAAAGGUUUAUAUGGAAUGGAAGACCACCACAUGACGGGUACGCCUGGAAUAUACACCUCGGGCAGAUCGACCUCCAGCAGUUCGAGUCCGGGAGUCGCCGGUUCGAGUCCCGCACUGCUAGUGGUCCCCCAGCCCAUAAACGCCACCAAGAUGGGCGGCAUGCAGAACGGCGGUCCGCAGCCCAGAAAGUACCAAUGUAAAAUGUGCCCUCAGUCGAGAUCCAUCGAAGAAAUCGGCCCGAAUCUCGACGAGCAGUACCUGCGAAUCGCGACCGUACCGCCGGCCGCUCAUACGGUCGAGUAUCGGCCCUCUUACCGGCCCACGUCGGGGGGGCGUACGAGACUUUUAAAAAUAUCUCGUUUCACGAAAAAACCAAUUUUGCGCGCACCCUCUUUUUAA